CUGUGUUGAGAGGAUUUUUUUUUUUUUUUUUUUUUUUUUUUAGCCAUGUUGGGGUGAAGCUGAAUUGCUUUGGCAUUCCAAUAACUCAACAACAUGAAUCACCGAUAUGACUGAAGAUUAGUGUUCUGAAUUCAUAGACGUAAAAUCUGUGUGAUCUGCUCAAACAAUUCGGAUGCGAUGGGGAUAACAUUCGCAUUUUGCGCCCGUUUCAGAAGUGAGGAACUGGGUACUUCGCAGAAUCACGGGUUUUCAGGACAUGUGUUAGAGCGUGGUUUAGGAUGCGGUGGCAUGAGUUUCGAGUAUGCGAGUCGGCGUCGAAGUUUGAGCUAUGGGUUGCAGCGAUUAGGGAAGAAGGGGAGUCCCGUUGGUGGUGGUCCUGCGUUUGCCCACAUUGGGAAGGCUUUUGGGAAUCCGCUGGAUGGCAAAGGAGGCCCCGCAGAGGUUUUCGAAAACUUUGCUAAUGCCGCGCAGGAUGUUGUGAAAAGGGCGGAGCACUUCUUGGGAUUGGGGAAGCGGCCUCUGGACGUGGAGUUAUCGUCUUGGACUCCCGCGAAGGGGGAGACAAUCGCGGUUCUUGUGUCGAUUCGGCCUCGAAGGGAUGUUGUGGAAGGAAUUGCGCGCUUCUUGUUUAGAAAGGACCCACAGCCAGAAGCUAAGGUCCAGAUUUUCUACGAUGGUUGUGAAAUUCCAGUGUUUCCAACAGCAGCCGAUGACAAGAUCUUGCGAGCGUUGGUUCCCACGACCCCCUUGACUACUCCCGGGCCGCGAACUUUAAAGGUGGAGGUCGCUGAUGGGCGUCACGAAACCUUUGAAGGAUGCGUGGAGGUGAUGGAGAAAGAGUACCCGGUGGAGUCCAUCUGGCUUUCUAAAACCAAAUCCAAGCUCCGGGGUACCACCAUGGAGAAGGAAAAGGUAGGAGCAUUUACCGCCACUGUCUCUGAGAACCAGAUUUGGAAUGGACCAUUUAUCCUGCCGAGCGAUGGCGAGAUCACCACGGGCUACGGCAUGCAACGGUUCUACAAUGGUGUAUUCGCAAACCACUACUACCACCGGGGUGUGGACUACGGCGCCUGGGAGGGAGAUCCUGUCAAAGCGCCCGCAAAUGGUCGAGUGUUGCUGGUGGGCAAAGAAAGCGACGGCUAUGAAAUUCAUGGCAACUGUGUGGGCCUUGACCACGGCCACGGAGUCACAAGCAUAAUGAUGCAUCUCAAUUCCUCUUUUGUUAAAGAAGGAGAGAUGGUGAACGCAGGGCAAAUCAUUGGCACCGUGGGCGAGACUGGCAUUGCCACCGGCCCUCAUCUGCACUGGGGCUUACACGUACGGGGAGAAGCAAUUGAUCCACAUCCUUGGAUGCAAGCACAGAGAUGGAUUUAGGUGACUUUCGAGGUUGUGCUAUGAUAUUAGCUUGGCAUAGCAGAUGGGUGCAAAUUGAUAAGGGAAAUUUACUAUGGCAGGGGAUUGAUCCAACAUCUUGGAAAUUAAUUUCUUAUCAAUUUUCAAGUCACCCGUCAGAGAUUCCGCUGACUAGAUCCAGGUUCGUUCUUACUUGUCCAUGGAAGUGCUCGUUUUGAACGUAACCACCUAACUUUCUAGCAUGUGGACCUUUCCAAUGCAAUCCCAGAUCGAGUUCUGAAUUCCAUAGUCGUUGGUAAAAGCCCCUAAGUGUUUAGUCAUCUCUAACUAUUAUUGGGAGGCUACACAUGCUCGCUCUAUGGGCGUCACAACUAGAAAUAUAUAAUUUAUUAUGACCUGGCGAAUUUGUUUUA